AUGGAUGCUCAGCCAAUCUCCAAUAGCAAUGGCAUCCCUCACCAGCCAAUGCAUUCCCCUUGUUUCGUUCACUCUCACCUCGACAAAGGCGCUUCCCUCACCGAGUGGCUGCGAAAUAAGCAAACCGCCCUUAUCCCAGACGUUGGUGUCGCCCAUUCUCUCCAGCGCAAUGGAAUCAACGGCAGUAAUCGCAGCGACUACCAAAUAUCAUCACCGCCUAGUUCUGGCUCUAGUUCUGUUAUCAGCAGCAGCAAUGACGAUGACGACGAGUAUGGUGCCAGUCUCACCAAACAGCUUGCUGAGACCGCCGUUGGUGUCCGCGAGAUGAGCAAGCAGCUUGGCCGUGCUCGUGUUCGGUCAAGUAUACAAAACGUUCUCAUCAUCACCAAAGCCAGGGACAAUCGUCUUAUCAAGCUCACCAGAGAGUUGGCCUUGUAUCUCAUGCUGAAACCUCGGAAUGGCCAGCAACGCGGUCUCGUUGUAUACGUGGAUAAUCAACUGCGGCAUUCUCGACGAUUUGACGCAGAGAGUAUCGAACGCGAUCAUCCCCAGCUCUUUGUCCCAUUCCCUCGCCGCCGUACUUCCAGCAGCACAUCGUUGUCAUCUCUCGCCUCCGCACCUCUUCCAAAGGAAGAGCUUUAUCUCAAAGAAGAAGGUCAGCUACGGUAUUGGACCAGCCAUAUGUGCAGCCACAGUCCUCAUCUCUUUGAUUUUGUCGUCACGCUUGGUGGUGAUGGAACCGUGCUCUUUACCUCAUGGCUCUUUCAACGAAUCGUCCCUCCCGUCCUCCCAUUUGCUCUCGGCUCACUAGGAUUCCUUACCAAUUUUGACUUUGCCGAUCACCAGGCUGUCAUGGACUCUGCGAUCGAUUCCGGUAUACGCGUCAAUUUACGAAUGCGGUUCACUUGCACAGUGUACCGCGCUGUCACCAACGAAAGCAAAUGUCGGAAAGCUGUGAAGAAGGGGGAAACAGGAGAGAUUAUGAUGAGAAACAUUGAGAAAGAUGGCUGGGAAGCUCUUGAAGGCAGUUGGAGUGGUGGCAUUGCAUAUACUGAAGGCUGCAAGAAUGCAAAGGACAAGGAAAUAAUGUGUUUCACGACACGCCCGGUAGAAACUUUCGAAGUGCUCAACGAUCUCGUAGUUGACCGAGGUCCCAGUCCUUUUGUCAGUCUUCUGGAGCUCUUUGGUGACGAGCACCAUAUGACGACAGUUCAAGCGGAUGGUCUUACUGUAUCAACUCCAACAGGAUCAACGGCGUAUUCGCUAUCUGCGGGAGGUUCUCUCGUUCACCCCGAGAUCCCCGCCAUUCUCAUUACGCCCAUAUGUCCCCAUACUCUCUCCUUCAGACCCAUGCUUCUCCCAGAUAGCAUGGAGUUACGAAUAUGUGUCCCAUUCAAUUCUCGAAGCACUGCGUGGGCCUCUUUCGAUGGUCGAGGACGGGUCGAGCUGAAGCAAGGGGAUCAUAUUAAAGUGACUGCAUCGAAAUACCCCUUCCCAACUGUAUGUGCCGACAAGCAGUCGACCGACUGGUUCCACGCCAUCUCUCGCACACUCAAAUGGAACGAACGUGAACGGCAAAAGUCAUUUGUGAUGGUGGAAGAGGGUCCAUCGAAGCCAACCAAACGGAGCAAACAUAGGAAUGCUUCAUCAGAGGUAUCUGGCACCAUCACACCAGAAGUCGUGCAAGAGGAGACUCCGGAAGAUGAGGGUGAGAAUGAGGAAACUGUGGAAGACGAGGAAGAGGAUGAGGUGUCUGAUGAAGAACGCGACGAUGGCAAAUUUGAUAUAGAUGAUUCCUCUCCCGAAGCCGCCAUGUCCAAAGCAUUGAACCUCCUGGGAUUAGAUGCAGAGACGAUUGGGCAAGAAAAGGCACAGGAAAUAAUAGCGGAAGAUCAACUGCACAAAGCUCUCGUGCGACCCGCCACUUCCGUAUUGCAGAAGGAACAUAAACGAUGGAAAUCACGUUCACGUUCACGCUCACGAGCACGUUCACAUUCUCGACCGGGCUAUCAUUCUGGGGUAGAGACACCCGGUCGAUAUGCAGGUCCUGAGCCUCAUCCUCCUAUCAUCUCUCCUCGCCGGGUAGAGUUUAGUGUUCAUGGACCUUCAUUCCACAUGGAUUCUACAGAUUCCGGGAUGUCAGACUCAGGACAUCGUGGCGCAAGAGAUGAUAUACAUUCUUCAAGGAGGUUGAGUGGAAAGAGCAGGAUACCCAAGGAUAGAGAUUUGGACACCGAGGCUAUCCAGACACCUACUGUUGGCAAUUUGCCUUAUAAUCAUGGGCAUUCCCGAUCACAGUCUCGAGAUGCUUCGGGGCAUCGAGCAUUUGCUGUUUGGGGUCAAGAUGAGAGUGAUAGCACCACAAGUGAUAGUGACACAUAG